GUCAUCAUUCCAACUCGAGAAGCGAUCGAAAGAACGUCAGCGAAACCCAAACUGUAUUUAUAAAGUGUGUAGUACAUUUUCUUACAACUCGAUUAUUUUAGUGUAAAAAGUGUCAAACGUGAGCAAGGAAUAAUGGCUGCGGCAUAUUACAACGAUUUCAGUUCAUGCUAUCACAAUGGAUAUUACAAUUACAGUCAAUAUACACACGAUCAAUAUCAAAGUGGCUAUCUUGAAUAUCCGUCAACAACUGCGCAUUAUGAGAAUAAUCAAGCAUUACAGUAUCAUCAAGCCGAGCAACAACAGAUGAAGACGCUUCAACAAGAUUCAACGUCAGCGGUGCGUCCAGUGACAUGUCAGGCGCCAGCUGCAUCACACUCGCCAAAGAACAGUAUACCAACUAUAAAUAGCGAAAGCAACUAUCACGCUACAGCUCAGUACUCUAGUCAAUACUACAACCAUCAACAAAUUAAUGGGUAUUAUGAUUACUAUCAUUACCAACGGGAAUAUGUACCUUAUAGCAGCCAGUAUUCAUCGAAGAUUGAUCAUGCUAGCAUAUCCUCUACUACCGGUGAUACAAAAUCCAGUACUUACAAUCCAGUCGAGAGUACAAUAGCCGAAGCCAUGAAGUCUGCAGAACAUAAUAAUUACUAUUACUAUAAAUCUGCAACAAAUUUGUCUAGUACAAAUAGCUGUAAUCCUACACAACCUGAGUCCAACAAGCGAAAAUUAGUUACUCAAUCAUCACAUGAAGACUCUCCUGCUCUACGAGCACUUUUGACUAACCCCGCGAAAAAAUUGAGAUACAAUCCAGAUUACAGUUCUUCAGAUGUCACUAACAUUAUGUCACCAAUGAGUGACCGAAUGGAACCAGAAGUCAUUUCACCAUCGCCAAAUAAAACCAACGAUAGCAUCGACAGUGUUUUGGAAGGUUGCAACAAUAGGUUUGAGACCAGUAUCCAAAAUGGAAACGUCAAUUUUUCGCUUCGUCAUUAUGCCAACUCAGCGACUGCAUCCAACUAUGAUGGCGUUAGCACUCCGCCUUUAUCGCCAAAGGAUAGCGAUAUUGCCUCGUCAUCGCCAAGCACAGAAGCUCCGAUCACAGGGAUGAAUGCUGACGAUACUGCUGCUGUAUCAAAGGAAACAACAAAACGAACACGCCAAUCCUACUCACGGUAUCAAACGUUAGAACUAGAAAAAGAGUUCCAUUUCAACCGAUAUUUAACCAGACGUCGUCGUAUAGAUGUUGCCAACGCAUUGAAGUUAAGCGAACGUCAAGUCAAAAUUUGGUUCCAGAACCGUCGUAUGAAGGCAAAGAAGGAUCAAUCCGGUUCGAGUCCCGAUAUUGCAUUCGAUGAAAUCGCAAACCCCACCUAUCAACAUUCGAACCCAGUGGCCCAUGCAGGAUUUCACCAAACUGGUGCAACACAUGCACACUAUAGCUGCUACGAUAAAUCUCUAUUGCAAAGCACUAAUUUUCAACAAUGCCCUGCAAUUCUAUGAUACCGAGAAUAUUAUAAUACGAUGAGCUGUAAGAAGGAAAUGUCUCAAUUCGACUCGAAGCGUAAUUUCAGAUCAUUUCAAGACAAUAUUUACCAAAUGUAUAAAACCACGUGAUGCCUUAG